CCUACUAUCCAGCGAUCCGCCAUUUUAGUGUCUCUGUUUCAGGUGGGGCGUGGCUGUGGCACGAAUAAUCGACGGCCGACUUCACCAGAUGGCAACCAGUAUGCGUUCGUCGCUUGUUAUGAACGGAAGUGUUUUUUGGCGGUGCGCGCGUAUUUUAACAAAAUCUAUCAGCAUUAUCUUGUAUUGAUAAGCGAGCAAUCUUCGUUUCUCAUCGCUCAGUAAUUAGUGAUAAGUGAAUUGUGUUACGGAAAGCUUCUCAUGUGUGCAAUGCAAGAAUUUGCAUCUCGUUUCGUGUACAUACAUACAUUGGCUGAGUAGCGAGUGAGUUUAUGCGGGAUUCAAGUGUUUUGACAUAGUCCAACAAAACUUCCAUGUUUGGCCUUGCGUAGUAGUAGUUUGGGAACGAAUAUUUGCUGGUGUUGUUUUUUCUUUUCUCGGGUUUGGUUUUGAACAUGCGCGUGUAGUUUGAAUAAAUGCGGUAAAACGGUAAUCGUUAGCUAUCGUUAAAGUUAAUGUUCCCAUGUGACGAAAUAAGUACAGGAUACGUUUUAAAAAAAGUGAAACAUUGUACGUGGUGUUGAAAAGAUAUGAAAAAAAUAGUUAACCAAACCGUGCAAAUAUACUACAAGUGAAAAGUGAUAAGAAAACGAUACGUAAAUACGUUCUUUCCUUAAAGUUUCACGUUGUAAGGAGAAAUUUCUGUACAGUGCCACCAGUAAAUACCAUUAUUACUACUUACUGUAAAAUUGUUUGCGUCAAUGAGUACACGUUAAACUGAGCAAUUAAGUUACCUUGAGAAUUGUGGAGCUGUCCUGCAGCAGACAACAGUGCUCCCCGUGGCUGCGUGUCAAUAAGAUCUAAAGAGUGUAACAUCGACGACGACGACGGAGUUCCGGCUAGGAUCAUGUUUCACACGUCUGCCGCAUACUCCGACAUGACGGCAGCUGUGGUUGCAACUGGGAACACGGGCUCCUACCAUCAGUCAGCAGCGGCAGCCGCGGCAGCAGCCGCCAACGCACCCGUUUAUGUGCCGUCGAGCCGUGCCCUGCCCCACUCCCAGUACGGUGCCCAUUCGGCCAACUUUUCCACACAAAAUGGCUGGCCGGCGGAUGGAUUUGGCACGACGCAUACGCAGCUUCCACCCCAGUUCUAUGCGCAGAACGUGAUGAUGGGUUCCUGGCGCGCCUACGAUCCGACUGGCUUUCAGCGCACCUCACCAUAUGACAGCGCAAUGGAUUUCCAAUUCGGCGAGGGAAGAGAAUGUGUGAAUUGUGGGGCCAUUUCAACACCGCUCUGGCGUCGGGACGGCACCGGCCACUAUCUCUGCAAUGCAUGCGGGCUCUAUCACAAGAUGAACGGUAUGAACCGUCCGUUGAUAAAGCCCAGCAAGAGACUGGUGAGUCAGACUGCCACGCGACGAUUAGGACUGUGCUGCACGAACUGUGGAACGCGUACGACAACCCUUUGGCGGCGCAAUAACGAUGGCGAGCCGGUAUGUAACGCGUGCGGACUAUACUUCAAGCUGCAUGGAGUGAACAGACCGUUGGCAAUGCGCAAGGAUGGCAUACAGACGCGUAAGCGUAAGCCGAAGAAAACGGGUGGAUCCGGUUCGACGGACGUAAUGGCGCUGGUGGGUGGUAAAAAGGAUGAUGGAAUUGGUGACGGUUUGCUGCAAACCGAUCGCAAUGGCAACUCGAAGAAUCUCACCGGAAGUCCAAAGUCACAAAACCUUUCGUCUCCUGCAAUUCGUUCCCUGCACAUUUCACCCCAUCACGGGCAGUCGUAUAAUCUGCCAUCGUCACUCGGAUCGUCACAUCAUGGUGGUAGUGGAUCGUUAGGGUCGUUAGUAGGAAAGUACGAUCUUUCGGCCCUUUCGCCACCUGGUUCACUUGGCGGAGUUCCGGGAAGUAUCUCGAGUGUUGUGUCUUCGUCAGCGUCCCACCAGCAACAUGCAGGACUGAAUGCAUCACACAUCUAUACGACACCGAGCUCGAACUCGCUGGCGACCCAUCACAGUCACUCGCCCGUCAACGGUUAUAAUCAUGCGUCCGGUGGUUCGACCAUUGGCGGUAAUACUGGUAGCAGUGGUGGCGGUGGUUCUAACGCUUCCGGUUCAUCGAAUCUCGGUGGGCUCAGUAACACACCCACCAGCAACACACCAUUUGGGCAGAUUAAAUCGGAAUCGAAUCCACUGGGUGCAUCAACGACACCGACAUCCUCCGUACCGUCCAGCAAUGGGUAUGGGGAUUACAUGAACAACUGCCUCCAGAGUGGCUACUUUGGCGGAGGUUUCGGUUCGUUACACACCCACCACAGUCCGCACCACGUGUCACCGGGUGUGGGAGGUUCGGUAAAUGGAGCGUCCUUGUCACAUUCGCAUCAUGCACACCCGCACCAUCAUCAUCACCAUCAUCAUCAUCAUCCGACUGCAGCGGAUCUGGCUGGAUAUCAUCAUCAGCACAACGUCAUUCAGGCGGCAAAGUUGAUGGCAUCUUCUUAAGGUUAAGCAAGCAUUAAUUAGCCACGUAACAGUAUGAGUACUUAUGCGAAUGUGCAAGAAAUUCCAAUUUUCCAGUUCCUCGCUUGUCACUUAUCCCUUUUUUUUUUGUUACGAAUAAGACACUCGAAUACCGAAACAAGAUCGUGUUGGAACGAUCAAUACGCUCAUCAGAUCUUUCGAUACAUACAGAUGGAGUGAUGGAGUGAUGUCGAAGAUUCCAAAUGAUGUUUAAAGCGGAUGGUUUCCAGAAAAUUAAAAAAAAACUCAUACCAAUAGCAGGUAUGGUUAAAAGCUGUGACUAAAGGGAGCACAUGAGAGCAGAAGUACAUGUAUGAUCGCUAGUAUUUUAUCUGUAUUAACACAUACUUAAGCGUUUAGUGAAAUGUGACAUAACACAUCCUUAUAUCAUGAGAAGCUAAGGCAUCUGUAAAUAUAUUUAGUAAAAAAUACAUGUAGGCAUUUAUAUUUACAACGCUAGAAACAAGUGCUUCAAACUUCUUUUUGCUUGCGAAGGAAGGAGUUGUUUAAUGAUCUUAAAAGCUAAAGCGAAUCAGAACGGAAGAAAACACUUUUCACAUUUGCAUUCCCCGUAUAGAGAGAGAGACAGCACUGCGGUUUAUGAUUGAACUAGCUAGCGAAUUAGAUUACGAGGUUUAGAAGCGAGCAGAACUUGAACAUUAAGCAUCUUGUCUAGAAUAUUUUACCCGGAGUAGACGCAGAAGACGAAGCACCGCUGGCUUCUUUCGUGUUGCAAUAAUUCAAAAUAAAAAAAAAAACAAUUAGUUAGGCGUGAGGAAUGGAAGUUAGUGAUAAACUAAGCCACAAGGUAACAAGUAGCAACAUAUUUAAUAUAUAUGCCGAUACAAGGAAACUGUAUUACGAACCGUAACGGGAGGUAUUUGAAUAUUUGGACAGAAGUAUUGAAGAAUAAAGCACUAUUAAAGAA